AUGUCGAAUCCUCUAGAUACAGAUGCUGGAUCCGAGCUAUUCAGCACAUAUGAGGCUGAACUCAAACUCAUCGAGGCAGACGUGAACCAGAAAUUAGAUCAGAUACCCGAGUUGGCAGGCGAGGAGCGCAAAGCCGCAGUUCGAGGCGCUGAAAGAGCACUCGACGAAGCCAAAGAAUUGCUCGAUCAAAUGAAUCUCGAAAAGUCCAAUAUCCCCUCCUCACUACGGUCAAAGAUCAACACCAGAUUCCGCAACCACCAAUCUGACAUCGAUGCGCUGGGUCGCAAGUUAAAAUCACUGUCUGCAUCAUCUGACCGACAGCAACUCUUCGGCGACCGAUAUACAGAUGACCCAGAAGCCGGGCCCCGAGACCUUCAACUAGAACAACGUCAGCAGCUCCUCUCCGGCACAGAGCGCCUUGGAAGAUCGGGCGAUCGACUUAGAGAAUCGCAGCGCAUAGCUCUCGAGACAGAACAGAUCGGCGCCUCCACACUCGCGGAUCUGCACCAGCAGCGCAAUGUCAUUGAAAACACUCAUCGGAACCUACUGCAGAGCGAGGGCUAUGUGGACCGCAGUGUGAAGACUUUGAGGGGGAUGGCCCGUAGGAUGGCUACCAAUCGGAUAAUCACCAUCGCCAUCAUCACGGUGUUGGUGCUACUUAUUGUCGGUGUCAUUUACAGCAAGUUCCAUUGA